UUCCAGGGUCUGACCAUCAAGCCUCUAGUGAACUGGCUCAAAGUACCUCGUGCCACCAACCGCAAGCCCACCAUCAACGAGGAGAUACACGAGCGUGCCUUUGACCAUUGUCUGACAGCCGUGGAGGACAUCGCUGGACUCAACGGCUACCACCACUGGAGAGACAAGUGGGAGCAGUUUGACAAGAACUACCUGAGCAAGCUGCUGCUGCGGAAGUCUGUGUACCGGAAGAGCGAGCUGUGGGAGGUCUAUCAGAAAAUCAAUAUUAGAGACGCUAUCAGUGUUAUAGACCAGGGUGGCAACGUGCUGACCUCUGCCAGGCUCUCUCUGCCCUCCAUGGCCUCCAGGGCAUCUUUCCCAGAGGUCACCAACGUCACCAACUACCUGAGAGAGAACGGUAGUGGGGUCUGUCUGGACCUCCAGGUGAUUGACAACGUGCCGGGAGCCAAGGUGGAGGAGGAGUCAGAAACGCAUCACUUCCUGGCUGGGAACCUGUACAAGCCCAGGAGACGGUACCAGUCCCACUACAGCAGACACUUCAUGACAGUGGGGGACCACGAGCGUCAGGACAGAGAGAUCUUCCAGAGAAAUAUGAAGAGUCGCAUGGAGACGUUCAAGACCACCCGACACAAACGCCACAGCCACAAGAAGGACCGCAGCCAGAAAAAGCGGAGAGGAUCAGAUGUUAAAGAACAGGACCUCAACGACAAACCUCGACGGAACGUCAGCUGGCAGGACAAAGAUCCUGUAGUGGUGCCAGUGGAGUCUGAGGAUGAGAAGGGGGAACACUUGGAGCCCGAGAAGGAGGAGGACGUUGGCAUCACCUUUGUGGCUCGAAAGGUUCCAGACACGCCCAAAGAACGACCCAAAUCUGUCCCGGCUGGUCUGGAGGUGUGUCAGAGCCCCUCCGUGGCCCCGCCCUCCCCCACCUGCAGUGAGAGGAACCUGCCCUGGAAGGGCGGCAUCGGAACCCUGCCGGUGUGUGUUUCCAUGGAGGCGACUAAAAUCAUCCCCAUAGACCUGCAGCAGGCGUGGAACCAGAGCAUCUCCUCCUUAGAGAGCCUGUCCUCUCCGCCGGGCCCCGUAGAGCCCUUACACCCCCGCGUCAGCGCCCUCUCCAGGCUGGGAGGGCAGCGUCCUGUCUCAUACUCUGGUAGUGGAGUUAGUGGCUCUGGUUUUGGAUCCAGAGGGGCUGGGUCAAUAGUGGCUCAGGGCAUCGCUCGGUUUGAGUUCCCUCCAGGAGGAGAGGAGAAGGAGGAGGAAGAGGGAGCCUUGUCUGAUCAGGAGCAGGAGCUGCAGCCCCUCAUGUCAUCCUCUGUGAGGCCCCCUGGCCCCCGCCCCCUCCCCCUGGCCCAGGGUCUAGGGCGGAGGAGGAACCCCUGUGUGUACCUCAGGAGCCUGGUCACAGCGCCCCCUCCUGGCAGUGAGCCGCUGGCGCGCAGCAGAGGGCCCACUCAGCUUUAAUAGCUCCAACCACAUCUCUGGCGUUGCCCCGGCGACGCAGAUCUAGGAUCAGCUUACUCAACCAAGUCCCUAACCAAUACCUACGAGGGAGAACAACACAAGACUGAUUUCAAAUCAGCUUUUAUGGGCAAUCACGUCCCUCACUGCCUCACACACUCAACAACAGAACA